GUGGAAGGGGAAAAAAGCGCGAGCCGAAGACUAAAAAAAGUCGGUAGUGUUCAGUGACUGAAAUUCAGUCAUAAUUGUGCGUAGCGUGUGUACGACUGAUGAUUUUGUAUAUAAAGUUUUGUUACAUUUAAUAUGUGAUACGACAGCAUUAGUGAAAUAAAGAUUAAUAUCAUGUUUCUCAGUGUUAAAUAUAUCAAAUAUACACGUGGGCAAAUUAAAUAAAAAGUGUACAAUUUCCUGCAGCAACAUCGAAGAUAUUUUUCUCAUCAGCAAUUUAUUUUUGCAAGUACUAGCAAACAGGAUAAAUUGGCAAGGAAAUUUCUUCCUUUAAUACUCAAUGAUAAAGGUGCCUACGUUUAAGAGAUUUGCGUAAACCCUGUCGUGAAUCGGAAAUGAGAAAGACUGGUAGAUGAAUAUUUUUUUUCCUGCAACUGUGUUUCAAACGUUGACAUUGCCAUUCUAGUACAUAUUAUAUACGGAAUUACAAAGACGAUCGCUACGUUGAUUAGACGGCAAAAUAAAGUAAUGCCCGUGCGAUCGCUAUUAGACACUGCGAAAGCAUGACGUAAUACAACGGACGAUUAAAAUACAGAUUACGGUUUAUUAAAUUCCGAACUGCAUCCUCCUGACAACCCUGGAGAGUUUGUUUGUGCAGCCAGUUUGAUGCUCGAAGGAUCGAAACGCAGUCCCACGGCAAUAGAAAUUUGAAACGGUCAAUUCUGCACGGCGCCAAAGCAAAAUGGCACUCUUCCGAAAGGUCAACGACAAAAUACCCAAAAGAGGAAUUUUGGGGGCAAUGAUGUUUCUAGCAUGUAUGUUCUCAUACAUGAUACGCACAAAUUUAUCAAUCACUAUUGUUGCCAUGGUGAAUACAACGAGUAAGGAUGGUGAUAGUGGUCCAGCGUGUAGUGCUGUUCCAUUGGGUAAUGUUACUCACAAAACUGCAGAACUCAAAAAUUAUGGGGAAAGAUUCGAAUGGAACCAACAUGUACAAGGUCUAUUGCUUUCCGGUUAUUUUUAUGGAGUACUGCCGGCGAGUGUUCCUGCUGGGCUUUUAGCCGAAAAGUAUGGGGGUUCUAAAGUUGUAGCAUUUGCGACACUAAUACCCGCAGUAUUAAACCUUUUGAUGCCUUGGGCUUCUGGUCUUCAUUAUGGUUUUGUGUUUGCACUCCGUUUUCUGAUGGGCUUCUUUGGAGGGGCUGUUUACCCUGCCCUUCAUGCAAUGAUUGCAAGGUGGGUUCCUCCCAGUGAGAAAGGCAUGUUUGUGUGGACAAUGCAAGGUGGACCAUUUGGAACAGUGGUAACAUUUGCUUUAUGCGGUCAAAUAAUCAGUGCCCUUGGUUGGAAAGCUGCGUAUUAUGUCACAAGUGGGCUUAUCCUGAUUUUCUAUGCCUUAUGGGUCUAUUUGAUAUAUGAUACACCAGAUCUUCAUCCAGGGAUGACAGAGAAAGAAAGAAAUUACAUUAGGGAACAGAUAGGAACGACCGUUUCUAAAGAAAAGAAAAAAUUGCCUGCAGUUGCUGCAUUGACUUCCGUACCGUUUUUGGUUUUAUUAUGGGCCCACUUUGCUAAUAUGUGGGGAAUCUAUUUUAUAGCCACCAAUGGGCCCAAAUACACCUUAGAAGUUCUUGGCUUUGACAUGAAAUCGGGAGGAUCGCUUACGGGUUUACCCUAUAUAGCUAGACUCGGUGCUGGAGUAUUAUUCGCCGCAGCUGGCGAUUAUGUACGAAGAAGAAAUUUCCUGUCAUUAGUGUGGAUUCGAAAAAUAUUUAUGAUCUUCUCACACAUGGGUCCAGCAGUUGCUUUAGUUAUAAUGACGUAUGCUGGCUGCGAUUCAGUAACUGCAAUUGUUAUGUUAAUAGUAGCAUUGACAUUUAACGGCGCUGCAUGUCAGACAAGUUUACAAAACCAUCAAGAUCUUGCACCAAAUUUUGCUGGUUCUCUAUAUGGAAUCAUGAACACUAUUGGUAGCUUCCCUGGGUUUAUUAUCCCCCCUAUUAUUGGAGCAUUGACGAAUGAAAGGAAUGGAGUAGAAGAAUGGCGUAUUAUGUUUUGGAUCUCAGCAGCAGUAUUUACAUCUGCUACGGUAUUUUUCUGGCUCUUUGGUUCAGCUGACAUACAGCCGUGGAAUGAUGUGACUGAACCGAAAGUAACGAAUCUUUCCGAGGAAGAAAAACAGAUGACUGAAAUACCUAUUAAAGAAUUGCAGACAGAGGAUGAAAGUGAAAAUGAACGGCUAUAAUCUCAGAUAAAUUUUAAAUAACCUAAUAGAUGUUGGAUACGAACUAUAAAUCUUCUACUUAAACUGAAGCAUCUGUUUGAAGAGUAUCAAUGAAUAUUUUUUACUUCUUUACUACAGCAUGUAAAUUAAACGAGUUUUAUAAGUCGCACGUAACUGGUAAGCUAUUUUUGAGAUGAUUAUAUAAUUUUAUUUUUCAUAUAUUCGUUAAUUUAUUGAAGUAGAAGAUAAGUUUUAUUUUGGAAUUUAAAGAAAGGUUUUUUUGGAAUUUGUACACUCAUUUUUCAUACAAAGGUUCCAUCUAUAUCAAAAUUUUCGAUAUUUUCAAUAUAUACAGUCUGUAUGAGUUUUUGUUGUAACAAAUGUGCGCCCAGAUCUUAGUAUUUCCCGUAUUUUUCCAUAGAAUUUUCAAAACUGAGAAUACGAUAUUUAUUUUUGAGAAUGAUUUUACACGGUUUUAUACGUUUACACUUUCAGAGAUAAAUAAAAUGCAAUAAUAAGAAAUAUACAUUUUCUUAAAUAUAAUAAUGAAUACACUCAUAUGUCUCUAUUAUAUUUUAGAGUGUAUAAUAACUAAGCAUUUGUGAAUCGACAAUUGCAUCAAAGAUUAAAGUAUCAUUAUCAUUAAUUUUGAUGGUCAAUUAACUUUUCUAGAAAGAGAG